AUGCAGACAGGCCCAACGUUCUUCUUCAUCUCCUUCAUUGUCAUCGCUCCCUAUACCCUCCUCCCCGUUGUCAUCGCCGUCCUCCUCCAGAACUUCACCAGGGCCGCCAAGCAGGAGAGGCUGCAGGAGCAGCCCAAGGAGCAGCAGGCGAUCGCAAGCAUGCGCUCCUCCCUCGAUCCCCUGCACAGGGAGUUUGCGCUCUCUUACAACCACGAGGACCUGGUGAGCAAAGUCCAGCGGGUGUUCAACAGGCUGGACGAGGAAGGGAGCAACCUGCUCAACUACAACAAGAUCUACGAGGGGCUCCGGAAGCUCGAAUUCUCACCUCGCAUCAAGCUGUCCAUCGAGGAGUUCCAGAGGAUGACGCGAGCUGGGAAGCUGCUGGACGAGGAGGGCCAGAUGGACCGCGGACAGUUUGAGCGGAUGAUGAUAGGAGAGUUCUCCUGCUACUGCGAGGCAGCUCUUGUGAACAAGAUCAGAGUUCUGCUCUCCGAAGACUCCUCCUUCGGCUUCCUGCUGGUCACGCAGCGCAUGCUGCUUGCCGACCAGGCGGCCAAGGAGAGGAGGGAGGAGGAGGAGGCGGUGGACGAGGAGGAGAAGGAGAUGGUGAUGUUGAAGAAGAGGCAGAUCUUGAGCGAGACUACCUUCAGCCUUCGAAUGGUCCUCAGAGACCUUAAGGCGCUGAGAAGAGGAGCGGCGACUCUCUCCAAGAAGCUCGCGGAUAUGGAGGGUCAGGCUCUCUUUCCGAAGACCCCGGGCGAUGGAAGAGGAGGAGGACGAGGGAGGACGAGGACGAGAAGGCUUGCAUCGGGAGGAGGCAGAGGAGAAGGCUUCGCAAACACUUGA